AAGAGACCGUUUGCGCACAGGUGGGAGAUACCCGCUCUAUAGGACAGCCCCCCUCCCUCAGUUCCUCAGUGGAUGAUGUGAGCAAGUGACAUUUUGCCGUUGCGGUUCGGGACAGCAGGCGAAUAGUCUCUGCAAACAGGUGUGCGGCUGCCCGAAUCAGUUUCCUACGCCUUUAUUCCAGCUGACAAGGAAGGGGAGAAAGCCAUCGUAGUUGCGGAACCAUCCUCCUCGACGCGGGACGGGAGAGGAGGGGGAAACCUGCAUAAUAGCUAUUUUAUUAUUUGAAGAGCCAAACGGGUUAUAAGAUCGAACGCUAUGGCAACAAAAAAAUCAUCAUGCACGGAUGUAACGAAAAGGAGCCGGAGUCCCGUCGUUUUAGGAGCGGAGAUGUUCAGUGAAUUUCAGGACUGGUGCCUCCGGACAUAUGGGGACUCGGGUAAAACAAAGACCGUCACCCGGCGAAAAUACAACAAAAUCAUGCAGACACUGUUGCAAAACGAAGAGUCCGACGGCAUGUAUGUCGACAAUAGCCACAUCAAUGCCAAAUUCAAAUUUUGGGUGAAGUCGAAAGGGUUUCAGGUCGGGAGCAACAUUCUGGGAGAGCACAAGAAAGGAGCGUCAGGGAAGCCCGUCCUAUAUGUCCCAGUCAAGUCAACGUGUGCAGAUGCAGGCUCGGCCCAGGACAGCUCGUCCCUGAAGAGGGUGGCAGUGGUGGAGGACUUCUUCGACAUCAUCUAUGCCAUGCAUGUGGAGAUGGGUGCCGACCCUGGUAGAGCACCUAAACACGCUGGCCAGAAGAAGACCUAUAAAGCAAUAGCGGAGACGUACGCCUUCCUGCCCAGGGAGGCAGUGACACGCUUCCUAAUGAACUGUGGAGAGUGUCAGAAGAGGAUGCACAUCAAUCCCAGCACUGCAGAGUUCAAAGAAAAUGAUCGACCAACCUCCUUGGUUCCGGACCUCAUUGACUACAACAUGCCACUGACUGCCACCUACCUGAAACAGAUGAAACUACAGUGCAUGACUGCCAAUGAGCGGGAUGACAGUUCGGUGAGCAGUGAGGACAUGGAUAUGACUGAGCCCACGUGGGUUUCUGCUGAGCGCCCCCCUGUCCCUGAGCUCAGUCCCCCCAAUGGAGAGAAUGUACAAAGCCCACAGACCACACUCAAAGAGGAGGACGAUGAUGACUCCUCUGAGAGUGGCAGCGGCCAUGGUCUGCCAGCCCUGACCCAUCCGGAGGCGAUGGUUGUGGGCGCUGUCCCUCCAGAUGGAUUGGCUCCGUACAGGGAGGUGACUGAGAACGGGGUGAGUGCUCCCCUGGACUUCAGCACCACCACCUCCUCCUCUUCCUCCUCAGAGGACCAGCAACCAGUCAAUCUGACCGACAGAUUGCUGCCUGUGGGGAGCCCUGUUGGGACGCCCUACCCAACUGACUCCACCAGGAAGUGCCCCGGGAAUCCAGACUACGGCAACAAGUCUCCUCAGUACAGCUCCGGAAGCUAUGACUCAGUGAAGACUGAACUGAGCAUGAGCGCUGAGGACUUGACCUCUGGGCGUGCUCAGAUCAUUGAUGAUGAUGAUGACGAUCACGACGACCAUGACGACAGUGACAAGAUCACUGAUGCAGAGGGAAUGGACCCAGAGAGGCUGAAAGCCUUCAAUAUGUUUGUUCGUCUGUUUGUGGAUGAGAACCUGGACCGCAUGGUGCCCAUCUCCAAGCAGCCCAAGGAGAAGAUCCAGGCCAUCAUCGAGUCAUGCAGCCGACAGUUCCCUGAGUUCCAGGAGCGCUCCCGCAAGCGCAUCCGCACCUACCUCAAGUCCUGCCGCCGUUUGAAGAAGGUUGGUUUUGAGACACGGCCCACACCUCCCCACCUCACCUCUGCCAUGGCAGAGAACAUUCUUGCUGCUGCUUGUGAAAGUGAGACACGCAAUGCUGCCAAGAGGAUGCGACUAGAUGUCUAUCAAGGCCCUGAGGAACUUGCUACUGUUGAUAAGAAUGGCUCCAGGGACCCAGCCUCAGGGGCCCCCUCAGGCUUCUCCUUGGCCGCCUCAGCCUACUCCCAGUCCCAAACCCAGGACCCAGUCUACACCAACGGUACCAACGGAGGCCUCAACUACAGCUUCCACAGUUACGGGGCUAUUGGCAACAACCUGUCGACCACCGGUGCCACCACACAGACCAAUGGUCCCACUGAUCUCAGUAUGAAGUCUGUGGCUCCCACCUCCUCCUCUUCCUCCAGUUCUAACAGUCACGGUGGUCAGGGUGGAGGCGGGGGAGGAGCCUCGGCUCAGCUCAGCCCCCCUGAGGUCACAGCGGUGCGGCAGCUCAUCGCCGGGUAUCGAGAGUCUGCCGCCUUCCUGCUCCGCUCCGCAGAUGAGCUGGAAAACCUAAUCCUGCAGCAUAACUGAAACAGAACCAGGCCCGACCGGGCCGAACCGGGCCGUCUCCACCAGACUCUCCGUCUGCACUUAUCACCCUCAGUCACACACAGUCAGACAUCUAUACACUCAACUGAAUAAAGAGUCAAAGUAAAGAAUAAGAGUAAAACUGCAUUGCACAAUUGGGCCAUAUACAGCAGAUGGUAGAUAUAUGGUACACGUUCACAGUUUAUAUCACAGGGGCAGAAACAAUUAAAAGAAGAAUACAAUCCAUCAUUUCACACUGAUCUUAGUGCCCAGUAAACUUCUGCCAUUCCCAUAACAAACCUACACCCUACCCACUUCAUCCAUUCCCCAGAAACACCCCGAAGUCACCUCCUUCAGUGGGAUGCUCUUUUCUAAGCUCUGAGGAGGUAAUUGUCAAACAUGUUUUGCUGCUUCAGAGUUGACCUUCUGUAACUGAUCUGUUCAUCUCAGCGGUAGUUUUUAAAGUUUGAAGAUGUAGGUAUGCAAACAGGGAUGCUAAACCUGUAGGUUAAAGCACUGUAAUGUUUCCAAGCCUAUAGGCUUUGGCUCGUAGGUGAAAGGUUACUGCUUCUGGGAAAAGUGUGGAACAAGGUGCAAUAUGGAAGAUAAUCAGUAAAUGUGCAUGCGUGGAUAUACCAUUUUGGCAAGUCAAGCCAAUAUCCACAUAGUCAUGAUGGCUUUUUGUGAGACUUUGUGCAAAAGGAGGUCUUCUCGUGGUACCUCUACCUCCUCCCCAUGCUUUCAGUCUCAGUGUGAUGAGCUAAACUGAAAAACAAACAUCCCAUACUUUGUGAGGCUCCACUGGGAGCAGAAACGUUAGUUGUCAAUCAGGAAUUGCUGUAUAAAUGGAAGGGGGAAUGAAAGAAAUAAUAUCCCAUGGCAGCACUGUAGCUUCAUUGUUCUUUGUUUUGAACGUUGCUCUUCUUUGUCUCUAAUAUAACUGAAGCCUUUCAUUGAAUGGCACCAAUCAGACAAAUGUGAAUAGGACACGGAAUGAUCUGAAACAUGAGAAUAUUUCCUAGUCCAAUUGUAAGAGUUCUGUAAGAGUUUGUGUUGUUUUAAGGUCAGUGAGAUAUGAACAGCACGUGGUUGCGUAAGAACUUUGUCUCGUGAACGUCACGUGGUCGUGACAUGGAAUUGUAUGAGGAAUGCAUUGCGCUCCUUGUAACAGCUGUUGGCCUGCUAUAGAAAAAGAUAUCCCUCCAAAUCCCACCAUAUCCUCUCUGCCUCAACUCCUCUUUCCUACCCGUCUUUGCAUUUCUCACCGACAGACGUUGCGCUAUCAAACACAACGCUGUUUUUAAAAAAGUAGCAAAAGACAAUCUUGAAAAUGUGUGAACGCGUCACAGUUUACCCUCACAAUCUCUUGCUAUGGUGUGUGCGCUGUACGUGGGGGGCAGCACAGAGUACCGUAGCCAUAAGGAGAGCAUAUCCUUUCUCUUAACAGAUACACAGACAGGCCAGUCAGUGGAGCACUCAGCACUAAGAAAUGUGUUGUAAGAAUUCUAUUUAUCUACUUUUGUUAUUGUUGUUGAACGUUAGCAUUACUGUGUGUUGUUUUUUUAUUAUUUCUGUUUGUUGUGUGAAGUGAUGUGGAGUGGCCCGUUUCAACGCUCUUUUGUACAAGACAUUGUAAACCAGUUUGCUCUGUAAAUGUAACAUUCGAAAACAAAGAAAACAAUUAUUUCACGCAAUCAACCUGGUCAGCACCUUAUGGAUUUGUCAGAUAAUUCAUACCAGAGAGGAAUAUAUUUCAGUGUCAUUUAACAUAAACGAUUGAAGUCAGCAGCACAUAUAUUAACUCAACUGCUGGGAUGAUCAAUCCAAGAACCGGUCCGUCUAUGUUUAAAAUGACAUGCACAGAAUAAUCUGUAAUUUAUUCAUGAUCACCAUCCAUGACAUAAUUGGUCUGCUUUAUUAUAUUUCAAAUGUAUAAUCUAUUGCAAGUUUGGAAGCACUUUACAGCUCAGGAUGAAAUAACAUGGUACAUAUAUAUUUGUAACCAGACGUUGUUACAGAACAUCAUACUUGAUUCAUAAAUUCAACUGACACAUUUAAUAAGCGAAACGUGCUUGACAAUGGGAUGGUGAUGGUGGUACAUGAUGAGAGCUGAUAUGAGUGUGUGUUUUGCUUUUCAUUUUGGUUGUCUGUAUCGUUUUAAAUGUAGAUCUUUUUGUCCACUCAACUGAUAAUUGUAUGCAGGGGUGCAACUUUCACUGGGGAUGGGGGGUGGGGACACAUUCUGAAAUGGCAUUUUUGCCCCCCUCACAGUUUUAUCAUUGGAAUGUAACACAAAAUGAGGCAACGGUGUGCUUUAGGACCAUGAGGAUGCCUCUGAGCGUUCGGGUAGACUGUUUGGAGUGUUUAUCCAACUGGAUAAAAAAUAUAUAUAAAAAAAAGAUAUGUCCACCCACGUCUAAAACCAAAGUUGCGCCCCUGAUCGUAUGGAUAAUUUGAUGUGGAACACAUAAGCACUCUUAAAAUGCACAAUACUGGGUUAUACAGUUUAUGGCAAGGCUCAAGCCAGACUCAUCCAAUCUCAUUGUCUUAAAAACUAAAUUACUUCAAUCUGAAUUUUUACUAGCAACACAAGUAAAGUACUGCUUUAAAAGCUCAUUAUAUUUUGCACACAUCAGACUUCCGAAAUUGUAUUUUAGACACACUAUUCAGGCUUUACAAACUGUUAUUUUGAAAAAUCAAGGAAGGCUCAGGCGUCCACGCAUUUGAACCCGGUUAAUUUGGAUAGACUCCUUUGGAUAGACUUUAUCAAUCGACUUGAUCGCUACCUGGGGCUCUGUCCCAAUACUCAUAAAUGUCUUCCGUGUCUCCUCCACCUCCAUUUGCCCCUUGUCUACUUUUGGCCAGCCAUCAUUUCCAACAGCCAUCAGGAAACUACUAUCUACACUUCAUUAUUUUACUGAUGCCGGGUUGAUCUUAAUUCUAUUCAUAUCCACGUUUAACUAAUGCAUCACUUUGCUUUGUGUGUUCAAAAAAAGGAAGAGAUAACUUUCUCCUCUUAAUUUGUCUUAAGACUACGAGCUACAUUUGAUGUGUGCUGCAGCUACUGUGACCAAUGAAAACACAACCAUUUGUAGACACAUUUUAGUGGCCAGUGGGAUUUCUCUUUGCAUAGGCAGGACAAUGUAAUGUAUAGAUGUUUGAUUU